AAACGAAACAGCAACAAGAAACAGAAGAAGAAGAAGCAGCAGCAGCAGAACAAGACAAUUGAGCGAGACGAAGACGAAAGCGAAAAGCUGAAGAGAAGUAGAGAAAAAGAUCAUGCGUGCUUGACGACGACGCUGGCAAGGCCAACACAUGCAGUAGAGGGGCGGACAGCGGGCGAGACAACAACAACAAUAAAUAGUGCCAAACACAAUGCACAAGAUAGACAACAAGAAAACGAGGAGCAACAACAGUAUUUGUAUUUCCACAUAAUUGACAACGAGCGCCUGCAAACGUGCGCACAAGAAGCCACACAAGAGAGAGCCCACGAAAUUAGAUGAAGAAAAUAAGACACAAAACAACAACAAAAUUACCGCUCAGCAUUGCUCAAGCAUAUGUAUAUGUGUGAACAUAUAUAUGUGUGUGUGUCUCUCUCUCUCUCAGUCUCUGUGUUUUGAAAGUACAGCGAAGGCAACAGGCGUCUAACAGUGUUGUGUGCAGCAGCUAAGCUUACCUUCAGCUGGGCUCAGACAAACAGGAGACACCGCUACGAAAACAGUGUUGUGUGCAGCAGCUGCAGAAAAAAGUAGUAUUAUGACGAACUAAUGCAAAGGAGGCUCACAACAAGAAAAACAUAGCAGAAAAUGUAGCAACCAAUGCAAUUAGGCAAUUAAAACUGUGUUCAAUCAAUUUUAAUUUUGAAUUGUUAAUAUAAACAUAUUUAUUAUAUUGAAAGUGCAGUAAAAACAGUGUUGCGUGCAACAGUAAAACUAGGCAUACAAACAAACGAGGAUUGAGAAACGAAGCCUUGCGCAAUACAUUUUAAAUUCCACUCCCUCACACACACAAACGCACACACAAAGAUGAAGAGCUUUUGGCUUUUGCUAGCGCUGCUGAUCGGCACUGCGAACAGCCAAGAGGAUUUGCUCACAACAACAACGACAGCGGCGUCGCCUGGCAACGCGUCGGGUCGGCCGCCUCCACCGCGUGUUUUGAUAAACAAGUGUUGCCACCAUGGCGAAUAUUUGAUUGGCAGCACUCUGGAGUGCGUCGCUGGCUCGUCUGAGAAGUGGGUGCCGCUGGUCUAUCUGAAGCAGCAGAAUCGCUUCUUUGAGCCCAGAGGCGCCAAGCCACGGUUCAUGAAGUUCCUGCCGAACGUGCGGCCGCCUUGCCAGGCGCAAGGCCAGCAGCAGGAGCUGUUUAGUAGCCGUGACGCGAAUGUCGUACUCCUGACCAAUGGCACGAUGAAGGUGCACGAGCGUGGCCUAUUUAUCGAGCCCUCUCGCUACUGUGUGGAUCAAGGAGUGGCGCUGGUCUGCCUCGACAAGGACAAGAACAAGGAUCUUGAGACCCCAGCGGCUGCUGAUGGCGCAGGUGCAUCAGCCUCCACUGACGAUGCACUGCGACCGGCCAGCUCGACAGCGCCCAUGCUGCGCCUGCGCAAAUGCUGCGGCAAGUGUUGCUACUACGAUACCGUGGCCAAGACCUGCAGCGUCCUGACGCCCGCCGAGCGCGGCUCGGACAGCGGGCAGCUGAAUCUGCCCAAUCUGGAGACAGGCAGUUACCAGACUACCUAUGAGCUGCCCGAUUGCAAAGGCAACGGCACUGGCUAUGCCAUAGCCGGGGACUGGCAUGAGGCGACACUGAACCGGAGCAGCGGUUCCCUGCAGCUCAGCCACACGAAUCUGACGGCUGCGCAGUUCUGCCUGGAGCACACGCAGCGAGCGGGCGAGGUGAAGAUCAUUGCCUGCGCCCAGCACUUUGCCGACGACCACAACAACAUCUCCUAUGGCGGGGCAAACGGCAAUCUGCAAAAGGCUGUGCUGGACGUGGGCAUCAUCAUAUCCAUUAUCUUUUUGGCGGCCACUCUGGUUGCCGGGUAUAUGCUGCCGGCAGUGCAUCAUGCACUGCACUGGCGUUGCCAGAUCUACUACGUGUUCUGCCUGCUGGUGGGCAAGAUUCUGCUGGCCAUCGAGGAGCUGAGCACAAGCCUAGAGCCGGGCACAGCAAGCUGUCUGCUCAUUGCCAUUGGCAUGCAGUUCUUCUUCCUGUCCGCCUUCUUCUGGCUGAACACGAUGUGCUUCAACAUCUGGUGGACAUUCCGAGACUUUCGGCCCAGCUCGCUGGAGCGCAAUCAGGAGUCGAUUCGCCUGCGUCUAUACUCCGUCUAUGCCUGGGGCUUGCCCCUGCUCAUCUGCGCCAUUGCCGCCUUUGUGGAUCAGCUGCCGGAGACGGAGACCUCGAUGCUGCGGCCGGGCUUUGGUCAGCCGUUUUGCUGGUUCGACAAUCGCUCGCUGACCAUCUUCGCCUACUUCUACGGCCCGAUCGGACUGCUGUUGUGCGCCAACAUUGUGCUCUUCAUCUCCACCACGCAUCAGCUGACGUGUGGACUGUGGAAGCGCGACGAUGUCAAGUCCACGUCGGAGAAAUCGGCGCUGGGUCGCGUGUGCCUGAAGCUGGUGGUGGUGAUGGGCGUCACCUGGAUCUGGGACAUCAUCUCGUGGCUGGUGGGCGGGCCGCAUGGUGCCUGGCUGUUGACGGAUCUCAUCAAUGCGCUCCAGGGCGUCUUCAUAUUCAUCGUGGUCGGCUGCCAGCCGCAGGUGUGGACCGCCUGCAAGCGCAUCUGCUGUCCGCGCCUCCGACACGACAUCACCAACACCACCAAUGGCGUGCAACACUCGAGCAGCUCCCAGGGUCUGCCCUCCAUGGCCAAUGGCACCGAAUUCACCCAAAACAUCUCCAUGAACAACACGAUAACAACCAUGACACCUGCCAGCCCCACUACAGAGGAUGCCCCCACCUCGAUACCUGCGCCGUGCAGUCCAACUACCCAACCCCCCUCCAUACCCCAAGCAGGAGCAGCAGCAGCAGCAACAACUACAGCAAAGAUACCCCUGGAGACCAUUUGCUAAGAAAACUGAGACGAGCGACAAUGCGAAAGUAAACCGAGUCCUACAACAACUACAACAGCAGCAGCAGCAACAACAAUGACAAUGAAGGCAGCAACAACAGCAACCACCGCAAGCGGGCAGGCUUGCGCAAUAGCAGAGACAACAACAACAACAACAGCAGCAGCAGCAAAAACAACAGUAAUAACCGCAAUAAGCACAACAUUCAAGCACGCGCAUUGACCGAACGAGCGAGAGGCCAACUUGACUGCCCAACCCCAGGCCCCAGGCCCGAGCCCAUGCCCAUGCCCAGGCCCAUGCUCAGCUGGCCAAGCUCUUUCUUGCAAUGUAAGUGUAUUG